AUGUGGAGCGGAUUGCUGGUGGCGGGGACCCGGCUGGCUGCAGGAAGGUGUCCCGCGUUAUGGCCUCGCCUCGCCGCCCUCUCCCCCACACAGCGGGUGCCCGAGACGGGUCUUGCCCCGCAGCGGAGCCUGCACACGACGGCGGCGCGGGCUAUCCCGCUCAUUCCCAUCGUGGUGGAGCAGACGGGUCGCGGCGAGCGUGCCUAUGACAUCUACUCGCGGCUGCUGAGGGAGCGCAUCGUGUGUGUCAUGGGUCCGAUUGAUGACAAUGUGGCCAGCCUGGUUAUCGCACAACUGCUGUUCCUGCAGUCUGAGAGCAACAAGAAGCCCAUCCACAUGUACAUCAACAGCCCUGGUGGCCUGGUGACCUCGGGCCUGGCCAUCUACGACACGAUGCAGUACAUCCUGAACCCCAUCUGCACGUGGUGUGUUGGCCAGGCCGCCAGCAUGGGCUCCCUGCUUCUCGCCGCGGGCACCCCUGGCAUGCGCCACUCGCUCCCCAAUUCACGCAUCAUGAUCCACCAGCCCUCUGGGGGCGCCCGGGGCCAAGCCACAGACAUCGCCAUUCAGGCAGAGGAGAUCAUAAAACUCAAGAAGCAGCUCUACACCAUCUAUGCCAAGCACACCAAACAGAGCCUCCAGGUGAUUGAGUCGGCCAUGGAGAGAGAUCGCUACAUGAGUCCCAUGGAGGCCCAGGAGUUUGGCAUCUUAGACAAGGUACUGGUGCACCCACCUCAGGAUGGUGAGGACGAGCCUGAGCUAGUGCAGAAGGAGCCUGUGGCAGCAGCGACAGCAGCAGAACCUGCUCCAGUGAGCACUUGA